AUGCAUUUUCCAUCAUCAUCUACAACAUCAUCAUCAUUAUCACAAAAUCGAAUAUCAAAUAUAACAAAUUCCAAUAAUGUUUUAUUUCUUCCAUCAAAUACAUCAAAAAUGUCAUUUAUAAUUCCAAAUAAUACUAAUACUAAUAAUACGAUAAAUAAUUCUAAAUUUAUGAAAAUUCUUCGUGUAUUACAAGAAAAUAAUAUGACUGAAUCAGUUAAAACAUUUAAAAAAGAAUAUGAAACAUUAUUUAAUAAAACAACAAUACUAACAAUAACAUUAUUAAGUGAACCUUAUUUUAAUGCACUUGAUGGUUAUAUAGCAUAUGUACAAGAACAACCUGAUUCAAGUCGACAUGAAUUUGCUUAA